AUGCCCAUCGAGGCCGACAUAGCCAACAUGGGUCCUUCGGCUGUCUCUGGCAGUGCCUCGGGCAGUGCCAGCAGCGGCAAUUCUUCCGUCCAGACCGUCAAACCCGAACCCUCGCAAACCACGAACAGCGCUCCCUUCCCUCCGCCAAAGACCGACAAGCCACGGCCCCACGUAUGCGGGACGUGCCAGCGCUCAUUUGCCCGACUUGAACAUCUGAAGCGACAUGAGCGCUCGCAUACCAAAGAGAAGCCGUUUGAAUGUCCUCAGUGCACGCGGUGCUUUGCACGGCGCGACUUGCUCCUGCGACACCAGCAGAAGCUGCACCAGCAAGGCGCCACUUCCUCACGGCCGCGCACUGGCCGUAGGGAAAGCACGACCGGUCUGCCUCCCAACAGUGCCGGCAGGGUCCGCAAGAACUCUGUCGCAAGCAGCAUCGGUGGUCCGUCCAGCAUCAACCCCUCCAUGAGGCCACGCGCAAACACCAUCAGCCAUGUUGACCCCGCGGCGCUCAACAGCCUCCUCGCAUCCCACAACGCCUCGCUCGGCCGGGGCGGUCAUCCUGGCCACUCACACCAUGCAAGCCUAUCUGGGAUCGGCGGACCCAGUGCAUACGACUUCCGGGGUAUGUCGAGCGUUGUUGGUGGUCCCGGACAGCAUCACGGGCUACCAAAGCUCGACACGCACCUCGGCUUUGGCAUGGGCGGCGGUUUGCGGACCGCACCCAUACCAGGAUUUGCCCAGGAUGAGUUUGAAUUGGACAAGUUUUUCGGAACUUCUGGCUCGACAAUAAACCCAAACCAAUUACACUUCAGUGCGGGCAUGGGCGCGCAAUCCACGUUCAACACCUUCGGCAACCCAUUCGCAACAACCGCCAUCGACGAAGACGAUUUUGCUUGGAGUGCAGGUCUGGAUAGCUCAAUGAUGUUUCCCGGGCCCAACGACCCUGUCGGUGAUGGAUCAUCCCCCUCGGCGAUAAGUACCACCAGCCAGAGCGGCUUCAGCGAGGUCAUGGUGGACGGUUCAGGACAGCCCACGACUACACCCAUGUGGCACCAGCCAUUGGUCACACACACCAGCGUCAACCCGGCAGGCUACGCCCUGGACGCCAUGGCACCUGUGUUCCCAGAACUUAUGAUGGGUAACAAUACUGAUCUUCCGAAAGAGCUCGGAGACCAAGGUGCGCCGACUGAUUUCUACAUGUCAACGCCCCCGGCGUUUUCUACCAUGAGCCCUACUGCAGGUAUUCCGGGUAUGCCGAAUCAGUAUUUCCAACCUCCGAUCACAUUCAAUUCUGAUUCCGGCAGCAUAUCAUCCGCGUCAAUAAAUGGCAGUGCUAGGCACAGUUCUGUCACCUCUGUCUCGAGCGACACACUGACGGACGCCACAAGACAAGCUUUGGUCUUCAACCUCUCCCAGGCACUCGGAUACGGCAACCCUCAGCGCAAGUUCUCUCAGCCGCAGAUCAGCUCGCCGCUCUCAGCCAACCCCAAUAAGGCAGCCAGCCAGGUCGCUUCACUUCCAAGCACUAUGGACCUCCAGCGUUACGUUAAUGCUUACAUACAAUACUUCCACCCUCACCUGCCAUUUUUGCACAUUCCGACUCUUUCAUUCGACACUCCAGCAUAUACCCAUCAGCUUCGUUCAGCUGGUAGCUACAACCACGAUGGCAUGGUGGGGGGCGGUGGCUGCUUGAUCCUUGCCAUCGCGGCAAUAGGCGCUCUUUACGAGUUCGAGCACGUCGUGGCGAGAGACCUCUUUGAGUCAGCGAAGAAGAUGAUACUUUACUACCUGGAUGAACGUCGUCGCGCUGGCCUAUCCGCUGCUGUCAAUGGGCCAAACUCUAACAACGAUCCUGUAAAUAAGCCCCCGCUAUGGCUAGUACAGGCAAUGGCGUUGAAUCUCAUCUUCGGUCACAACUGCGGCGACAAGCAAGCUGCGGAUGUUGCGAGCACGCACUGCGCCGCACUCGUCAGUUUAGCUAAAGCUGCCGGUCUCGAUCGACCCGCUGGCGAUACAUCAACGACACCGAGCCCUCCGAAUGAUGUUGGCAAUGGAGACAUCGAAAUGGGUGAUGGAUCAAUGCCCCCGGAAAUGUCGCAGAAAAGUCCACCCAGUGACUCAAUGGACGAGCAUACGCAGUGGAUACGGUGGAAGCAAGCCGAGGAACGCAAGAGAACAUAUUUUGCCGUUUUCUCCAUGUCUAGCCUUCUCGUUUCUGCAUAUGCUCAUGCACCGCGGAUUUUAAACUCCGAGAUAAGACUGGAUCUGCCUUGCGAGGAAGACCUCUGGUCCGUGGACAACCCACAAGCUUGGGCUGCCAUGGGUGGACCAAUGAUCGCGCAAUCUAAGGGACUCUCGUUCAAUGCGGCAAUGACGUACCUGUUGGAGGCCAGCACGAGACAGCCGGGACGCGUCAAUGGCGCAUAUCAGCAACAGUUUGGCGGUGAUCUGGCGAUGAGCGAGAUGUCGGAAAGCGAGAUACGCCCUAGCACUUUUGGGUGCUAUGUGCUCAUCAAUGCGCUACAUGUAUACAUCUGGGAAACUAGACAACGACACACAGGUCGCCUGUGGAAGACUCACGAGACCGAGGCCAUGCAUGCACAGGUGGAACCGGCUUUGAAGGCAUGGCAAUCAGCCUGGAGGGCCAAUCCGAACCACAGUAUCGAGCGACCAAGCCCAUUCGGCCCGUUAUCUGCUGAUUGCAUACCUCUACUGGAUCUGGCGUAUGUGAGGCUAUUUGUAAACCUUGGUCGUGCGAAAGAACUGCUCUGGCAACGAGACUUCGACGGCAUGUCGGCAGAACUCGCGAAAGGUGUUGACGUGGUUGCACACGCCGAGAGCACUCCCGAACGAUCCGAGCCAAUGGACGUGAAAUAUACUGAUCUCAGUCAGCCCGGCGCAGGUAUGUCACCUGGAAACGUCGAAGGGUUGAGCCCAGGGCAAGUAAGCAACGGUCUGCAAACAAGCCGGUCUUCGAAGCGGGAGCGACACCUUCGCAAAGCAGCCUUCUAUGCUGCUGACUCGCUUUCCAUGGCCGACAAACUCGGUGCGACAUAUGCUGAGUUCACCGCUCGAGAAUUACCCAAUUCGUCAGCGAUGUGCACGUUCGAUUGUGCACAGAUCCUGGCCGAGUGGCUUGCUUCCGUCCAAGACCGUGUGGGUCGCUUUCUAGGAGUUCUCGGCAAGGAUGAGGUCGAUUACACGACUGUUCCUGCGAUCAUGUUACUAGAAGAAGAGGACGUCAAAUUGAUUCAGAAGAUCGCGGACAUUUUGCACACCGCAGAUAUGAAGCUCGCUUACGACAUCACCUCUAAUAGCAUAACCAUGCUCGGCGGGGUAUCGAAUCUUGGUCACUGUGGCUACGGUACCAAAUUGCUUAUGGUCACGGCAUACAUGCUGGAGAAAGCGGCUGUUUGGCCUGUGACUCAUGUAAUGGCUCGUGCUUUGGAAGCGCAUGCAAAACACCUCAACCAACGUGCCGAAGCGUCUGUGCUGGCUCAGUAA